AUGUCGCCGCUUCUGCCUGUCGCCGUUUACGGCCUUGAGAUCCCUACGGGAGAGCUUUUGGUCCCCGCCGAGAUUGAGUUCCCGGCGACGAUCCGCAUCACCAUGGCGGCCAUUGACCCCACCGCAGCCCCGGAGACUGACGGACAAGGCAAUGUACCUUCGGUCCCUCGCUCGACCCUGAAGAUCUACAAGGCCAAUGUGGAUGAGGAUGAUGACGACGAGGACGACUAUCUUGAGUCGCUCAUUGGCGGUGGGGAUGACGAUGACGAGUCCGACGAUGAGGACGAGGAGGCCAACGGCGGCCCCAGCGACCCCUCCAAGUCUAGCAAGGCGCGCCGGGCCGCCGCCAUCAAGAAGAUUCUUGAGGCUACCCAAGAGGAUUCCGACGAUGAGAUGGAGGAUGCCAAGCCCAAUGCUGCCAAGAGCAAGGGCAAGAGCAAGGCCAGUGAUGAGGACGAGGAGGAGAGCGACGAGGAGGACGAUGAUGGUCCUGACGCCAACAUGGAGGAGUACGUCGUGUGCACUCUCGACACCGAGCGGACCUACCAACAACCUAUUGACAUCACGGUUGGCGAGGGCGAGAAGAUCUUCUUCAGCGUCAAGGGCACCCACGCCGUGUACCUCACUGGCAAUUACGUCGUCCCCCAGGAUGAGGAGGAGGAUGAUGACGAGGAAUACUCGGACGACGAGUACGACCUCCCCCCCGGCCUUGAGGACGUGGAUUCGGACGAGAUGAGCGAUGAGCUCGAUGACAUCGAUGGCACCCCCCGUAUCAAGGAGAUUGACACCGAUGAGGAGGAGGCACCCAAGCUUGUCCAGACCAAGAAGAGCAAGAAGCGGGCUGCCGAGGAGGAGGCCGAGGGUCUCGACGAGAUCAUGGCCAAGGAUGACAAGAAGCUGAGCAAGAAGCAAAAGAAGCUCAAGAACAACCAGGGCGAGGCUGUCGCCGCCGAGGCCAAGGCCAAGGAGUCGGCCGCCAAGGGAGACAAGAAGGUUCAGUUCGCCAAGAACCUGGAGCAGGGCCCGACCGGUCCCGCUAAGGACAAGGCCGAGAACAAGGGCGACAAGAAGGGUGCCACCGGCGGCGUCAGGGUUGUCCAGGGAGUGACCGUCGACGACCGCAAGGCCGGCACCGGGCGCACCGCGAAGUCUGGCGACAAAGUCGGCAUGCGGUAUAUUGGCAAGCUCCAGAACGGCAAGGUGUUCGACUCCAAUAAGAAGGGCACUCCGUUCUCCUUCAAGAUCGGCAAGGGCGAGGUCAUCAAGGGCUGGGACAUCGGCAUUGCCGGCAUGGCUGUCGGCGGUGAGCGCCGCCUGACCAUUCCCGCCCACCUCGCCUACGGCAGCCGCGCGAUCCCCGGGAUCCCGGCGAACAGCACGCUCAUCUUUGACGUCAAGCUCCUUGAGAUCAAGUAA